GCACACAUCAGUAGGUGAUGUUGGUUGCAUAAUAAAGGUCAAAAGCAAGUGGUGAUGAAAGACUCUUGGCAUCCAAAUCUUUGCUGGUGCUCUGGGGAGAAGGGCUGGUAUAGGCACCACGUUACUCGCCAGGUUGUCCUCCUCACACUUGUAUUAUCUGUGGCUUGCCUUCCUCCAAAACUGUUAGCAUGCAGCGUAAGCCAGACUAAGGAGCCUCACUGAGUGUGUCUGGGGGGCUUCUGCAUCUCCUGCUCUCAAGUAGGAUGUUAUACAGGAGCAGCUGAGGUGCUGUUGCAAGGAAGCCAGGCCUGGUAAAAGGGACAACUGUGCUACUUGAUUAUCCCUUGUACUGCUGUGGAACUGCAUUCUUAACUGUAAAUAAACACAAGAGCUUGUAGCUUGUUUCUGAAAUGAGAUCUGUUCCAUAUGUGCAGUGCCAGGAGGUGCCUGCUUCCCAGCUUCUCCAACUGCUGUUUUAGUUAUUUGCAGAAAUGACUUGCUGGGCCAGCAUAAUGGAUUUGUGGAGGAUUGUUUUUGAGAGCAGCAAGCUUCCUUAAAAGUUCUCCAGUGCUUUCACUCACCGUAAGUUAGAAGAUGGGUGGUUGGGUUUAAUGUGUAACCAGAUCCCCCAUGAGGGACAGGGCUUCAGACUGUAGCAAAGAGUUUCAUAGAGUUUUUAGGAAAAGGAGAGAAAAUAAAUCUCAUGAUUCAGAUUGUACGGAGGGAACUGGGUGUUAGCAAAUUCUAAUGCAGCCUAUAAAAAAAUCUGCCUAACGUUCAGAGGCAUGGAAUAACCAAAAACAUCUUGAAACAGAUUUACGCUGCUCCUGCCUAUGCUAAUCAAAGCUUCUAAGAGAAAUUUUCUGUCUCUAAUGCAAGCACUGUCUUCAGUGUUGUAUCCCAGUUAGUCACUGACCAUCAUACAGCAGAGGUGCAUAGGGUGCUGAAAAACAACAUAUGGACUGGAUAAUGUGGGAGAAGGUAACCAGUCGUUAAGACUGUUAUGAUGAGUGAGGCAUUGGCACAGGCUGCCCACGGAGGUGGUGGAGUCACUGUCCUCAAAGAUGUAAAAGAGUUGUGGAGAUGUGGCACUGAGGGACAUGGUUAGUGGGCACGGUGGCAGUGGGUUGGGGUUGGACAUGAUGGUCUUGGAGGUCUUUUCCAGCCUUCAUGAUUCUAAACUAAACUAUCAAAAUGUGUGGCAGCUGAGCUGACUCGCUGUCCGCUUUCCUGCAAGUCAGCUCUCUUAGCAGUGGGCUUGGCAAAGCAAGAACUAGAUAAGACAAGGUGGCUGGUUGUGACAGCUGGUUGCAUUGGAAAAGCAUAGCACUUCUCAAGUGGAGGCAGGCAAUGAGAUUGAAGAUGCGCAUCUGCCUUCCUAGCGCCCUACUGGUAGUCCCCCAAACAUCUCCUGAAACUUCUUGUUGUUGCAAAAACAUUUUUUUCCCAUGCACAGACUUUCAGUGGGUAGAAAUAAUACCGCAGGGAGAUUCUGUUGUGCUAGAUGUUAACUUGAGAGGUAAGGGCUUCUGUAUCUGAAAGGAUUUGAUGCCAAGGCCUGAAGAGGAAAUGUUACCACGACUUCACACAAAGUCCAAAAAAGUCAGAAAGCACAAGAAUGUCACUUAUUGCUCUUUCAAACUUAACGAAUCAUAGAAUGUUUUGGGUUGGAAGGGACCUUGCAGAUCAUCUCACUCCAGCCCACCUGCUAUAGGCAGGGACACCUCCCUCUAGACCAGGUUGCUCAAAGCCCCAUCCAGCCUGGCCUGCAAUGCUUCCAUGGAGGGGGCAUCCACAACCUCACCGGCAACUUAAAAGCAUCUGCAGGGUUUUUCAUAGUGGUCUUUUUAAACUUAUUGGUGGGUUUAAGAAAACAAGAGGAGGUAUUUUUUCCUCCCCACAACACAUUACCCAAGGGUGGAACUCGUGUUUCAGAGGACCAAGUUACCAAUGAGACUAGAGGAAGAAAUAAGGCAUACUCACAAAGAACAGCCGCUAGGGAUCCCUAAAAGACGAAAACGCAUGUUCUUUUGGCUUGGUAAAUCUACGAGUUGAUGGUCUGUAGAAACCGAGAAGGGGAAAGGAAGACUCAUGAGCUUACAGCCGGCAGCUGGGUGAGGGCAGACUCUUUCCACCCGGGUGUACCUCCAGGACCACAGCAGCGCCAACUGGGGACGGGAGGCUGCCGGGGCCUCGUCGCUGCAGGCACGUCCGUCUGCCUGUCUGUAGGGGGAGCCGCUCGGCCGGCUGCGGGACGCCGCCUCUCCCCCGGCAGGGCAGAGCAGGACGGGGCCGGGCGCGGGGCGGCCAUGGGCAGCCGGCUGCGGCCCGUGGCGCUGUGCGGAGCGGUGCUGGCCGCGGCGGGCGGCGCGGCGGUGGCGGCCUGGGCAUGGGCCUACGUGCGGGGCCGGGCCCGCCGCCCUCCUCCCGCCCCUGCCGAGCAGGUGAAGGGAACCAGCAGGCAGAUCCUGGUGCUGGGCCUGGACGGGGCGGGGAAGAGCAGCGUGCUCCACUCGCUGGCCACCAACCAGGUGAAGCGCAGCGUGGCGCCCACCGAGGGCUUCAACGCCGUCUGCAUCAACAGCGGGGAGAGCCAGAUGGAGUUCCUGGAGAGUUGGUAGUGACUGAGAUGUGAUGGCUGCAAUCUGACCCAUGGGAGAUGAAAUGUCUCAGGCCAGUUUCAGCCAGGUAAAUCUGCAUGGUGCUCUUAUCUGGUUACUUACUCAGUCUGUACCAUUGCCUGUAGCAGGGGUUAGCAGCCUACGCUGUGAUUAUGUGGCAUACUAUGAUCAGUAGACAGCAGGAUUUUUAUCUUGCUGGCCUGGACAGACAGAAUAUUGUUCCUUUUCUUUGUACCAUUACAUAGAUAAGUGGGUUGAAUCUUGCCUCCACAAGGGGUAGGAGCAUCUGGCUUCUGCUGUACUGCUAGUGGUUUAGGAAAGAAAAACAUUAACUGUAAGUUGCUGACCCCUGGUUUAUGCUAUGCAUGAAUGCACUGAACAAAGGAAAUAGUGGGGAGCCUAUAAAAUAUCACAGCACUGACAGAGGCAUCAGCCCCAAAGAUAGUAUGUCAGUCAUGGCUCUUUGGCUUAUUCCAGCAGUGGCAGAUCUCAGUUCUGCCUACAGGUGUGCUGGGGCUGAUGAAGAAAAGUAAAAGAGGGAAAAUUUAAGUUGCAUAUAAGGAAAAAGUCUUUUACAGUGAGGGUGGUGAGGCACUGGUGCAGGUUGCCCAGAGAGGUGGUGCAAGGCCCAUCCCUGGAGACAUUAAAGGCCAUGCUGGAUGGGGCUCUGAGCAACCUGAUGUAGCUGUAUAUGUCCCUGUUCACUGCAAGGUUGGACUAGAUGGGCUUUAAAGGUCCCUUCCAACUCCAAGCAACCAUAAAAAGCAAACCUCCAGAACUUACAAUGAAAAGAUUUCUUCUGAGCGUACACAUAAGCCUGCAUGGGACUUGGAUGGGGAGAAAAAGCUAUUUCCAGUCUCUCAUACAGUAGGCCCAAUACCUCAUGGCCUACUGCCUGCUUUUACGGGCGCGGUGCUGUUCAGGUUACUUGGUGAAUCUUGUGCUGC